AUGGCGGAGGCGGCUGCCUGCAAAGUUUGCCACACCUGCGGCGUUGAGAAGGAAAUCGACCAAUUCCGGUCGUUCCGAGGCCCUCGACGGAUUGUCCUGGAUUACGCAGAUUGCCGCAAUCGCGGCAGGCAGCAGAGAGCCGCGUCAAACGUAAGAGUUUCUGCAGCUGCUGCCGUGACCUGCGGACAAGGUCCCGCCUUUGCGCCUCGCCAGAAUCUCACCCACACCGUCCUUGCCCAGCGAUACCACGAAGGCGGCCGUAUCGCUACGGAUACCCCCGAAAUGGCUGCUGCUCGUAGCGAGGUUUCGGAUAUCUAG